GCUGUGGAUACAAAUCCUUUAUCUGUGUAUAUUAUGCAGCCCAUCUGGAACAAAAUGAUUAAGAUAGUGCCUUUGUGGAUUGCUCCCAACCUGUUAACAUUCUCUGGAUUUAUCAUGAUUUUAGUUAAUUAUUUUCUAAUAUCUUUUUAUGACUGGGACUACACUGCCUCAGGUACCAGUCCUGGACUUAUUCCCACCUGGGUGUGGCUCUUCAGUGCUUUUACCACCUUUUGUGCUUAUGCUUUAGACUCCAUAGAUGGAAAGCAUGCUCGAAGGACUCAGUCCAGUACUCCUUUGGGAGAGUUAUUUGACCAUGGGCUGGAUAGCUGGGCUACCUCCAUCUUUGUGCUUUCUUUUUUUUCUGUCUGUUCCCGAGACAAUGGGAAGACUGGAGUUUCUGUAUAUACAAUGUAUAUAUAUUUAACCAUUGUCUUGUUUAACUUCAUGUGUUCACACUGGGAGAAAUAUAACACAGGAGUUCUUUUUCUUCCUUGGGGAUAUGAUAUAAGCCAAGUGGUAUUAAUUGCAGCAUAUCUGCUCACGGGUGCUGUUGGUGUGGAGAUCUGGCAGAAGCCUUUCCUCUUUGGUUAUUACAUUACAGAUGCAUUGGUCAUCUUGCUUAUAGGCUUCAGCUUAUUUCUUUCAUUUCCACAAACACUGUACAACAUUCACAGAGCACGUUUAAAGAAAACACUGAAGAGUGAUUCUCUGUACGAAGCACUCCUACCUCUUGUGUCACCUCUGCUGCUGUUCCUUCUUCUCACAGUCUGGGUGGUUUUAUCUCCAGGCAACAUAUUGGCAAAGCAACCAAGGCUGUUUUUAUGGAUGGUUGGGGUUGCUUUCUCAAACGUUAUUUGCAAGGUGAUCGUCUGCCAGAUGAGCA